AUGAAACCUCCGUCGACUCCUUCUAUAUCGUAUCGAGAACUGAUCAGAGCCAUUGGGAUCGAUCCGGAAACAAGUCCAUCAUCGUGGCGAAAGGCGAUCGAUCACUCGGCGGAGACGCCCUCUGGCGAGGACAAGCAGGGCCGGCUGAUUCCGACGGUGUUCGUGGACGAGACGCAGCUCAGCUCUGAUUACGUCAAAGCGGUGAUUGGACGACGCUUCCUCUCCGACGAGGACGAUCUCAUGAAACUGCUGGAACACAUGGGGGUGCUGCGACCCGAUGAAGACGCUUCAGACGAGCAGGAGAACGAAUGGCAUGAUGAAACGGAAAGCGCGUCGUAUCUUCCCCAGCCUGAGCCUAAACGAGCGAGAUUUACACGACCAACUAGAUCUCAUUCUUAUACCGGAACCGUAGACGAUCCGAUACAAUUUACGACAACUUCUUGCCACACAUCUUCUGAUCUGACUUCGCAUCUUCCCGGCACAACAGAUAAUUUAUCGACCAGCGUUCCGGAGGGAAAUACAGCUGAAGCAAUAGAUGCAGAUAUGGAAAUGCGUGAUUCGGUGGCUGAAGAUGAUGAUGACGAAGAACAUCUGGAAUCUGGACUGCAGAAUGAGCGCGAUUUCGAGGACUUUAAUGACGAAGGCAGUAAAAGCGAUACAGUACAAAAUUACCUUUUAUUGACACCUGUUGAAGAGGUGGCAGGGGAAGCGGACGUGUUCUCCGACGAAGAAACCACAGUACUCAUUGACACCGUCCACGCCCACCCGGUUUUGUGGCGGAGACAGGGUCACUUUACGCGAACGGCCCUGACCGAACGGAGCCGGCAGAAACAGCUGGCGUGGGAGAAAGUGGCGGACGCCGUCAGUCGGGCCACGGCGGCGGGCUGGCCGAAGAAGUCCAGUCAACAAUGCUUCAAAAAGUGGGACGGUUUGCGUGGUUACUUCCGGAUGUUAUUGCGAACCAAGAAUGAGGAUGAACUGUCUUGUGUCGCUUGGCCGUUCAUUAAACAAAUGACGUUUAUGACGUCUGUGUAUAGAAUUCGAAAGAAACGGGAUGAUUGUGUCGGAAACAGUUAGUGACAGUUUUUUUCAAUGUGUUAUUCCUGCGGAAAUGUUUCAAACUCUGAAUCUCUCAUCCUCCCGUAUUCUUGUGGUAUUUUGUGUAAAGCUCUGACGUUUGUCCGUUAUUGUAGUGUGACUAGUGUCAUCAAGUUUUGUGCCUCUCUUGAUUUGCGUAUGCUUUUGGAAAAUGUUUGCUCGUUAUUUCCUGUCAAACUGAUAUCACGGGGGCACAUUCUUGAUUUACAGAUAAAUG